AUGAUCUCCCGAAGACUCCCUGGGAUGAUAAACACCACCUCUCGAGGUGCGGCGUUCUCCUCGCUCGCUCAUCGUCGCGCCCCGCAGCGCAGUCUCCCAGCCUCCUAUUAUCGGGGCGGAACAUCGCGAGCAGUCUUCUUCAAGCAGAGUGACCUUCCCACCGACCACACCAGCUGGGAUGAAAUCUUCCGUCGUGUAAUCGGCAGCCCGGACCCGAAUGGUCGUCAACUAGACGGCCUGGGAGGCGGCAUCUCCAGCCUGUCCAAGAUAUGUGUUGUCGGCCCGUCGACCCGUCCCGAUGCCGACAUCGACUAUACUUUCGUGGCGAUGGGAGUGAAAGACAGCCAGGUCGACUACUCCAGUAACUGUGGGAACAUGAUCAGUGCGGUCGGGCCCUUUGCUGUGGACAGCCAGUUGGUACCGGUUCAGCCAGAUGGCCACGCAGAGGCCGACCUGCGCAUCCACAACACCAAUACCGGGAAGAUCAUCCGGUCGCGUUUCCCCGUGGAAGACGGUGAAGCCGCAUCGUCCGGCUCCUUUGCGAUCGACGGUGUGGCCGGUACUGCAGCCAAGAUCCAGCUCGAUUUCCUGGACCCUGCGGGCUCCCGCACCGGCUCCUUGCUUCCCACUGGACAGGUGGUGGACACGUUUGAUGGCGUUUCUACAACAUGUAUCGACGUUGGGAACCCGUGCUGUUUCGUUCUCGCAUCCGACCUGGGCGUCAAAGGCACAAUCACCCCCGACGAGAUCGAUGCGCAUCCUACCCUGCUACCGCGUCUGGACUCCAUCCGUCGACAGGCUGGGGUCGCCAUGGGCCUCGCGGAUCACCCGGACGGUGUUCCGGGAAGCGUACCCAAGAUCGGGAUGGUUUCGGCUCCCCCAUCAAACACACAAGCAUCAGGACCCGCGGUUGAUGUCGUUGUGCGAGCUCUUUCAGUCGGCCAGCCACACAGGGCUGUCCCUAUCACGGUGGCGCUGGCGCUGGCCGCAGCGGCCAAAGUUCCUGGGAGCGUCGUGGCCAGCAUGACGAAGGUCCCUCCCGUUGAUGAGACCGGAAUCACUCUAGGACAUGCCAGCGGCACCUUGAUGGUGGGAGCCGAGUUUGGGCCCGACGGUCAGUUAAGUCAUGCCACCGUCUUUCGCACGGCACGACGACUGAUGGAGGGUCGUGUUUUCUGGAAAGCGUAA